UUUCGUGUUUUAGUUCGGACGGCGGAUGGCCGCGCGUCCACUUUCAGUACAUUUGACCACGUGACGAUAGUUACAGCCGUCGACUUCGCCCACCAUUAUUUAAUUAUUGAAAAUAAAUUGUUAUGCACUGGAUUCUCUAUUAAUAGAGACAGUUUCAGGUUCAAAUGGAGGAAUCCUUGGAUGGGCGUGAAGGCAGCUCGAGCGCCGCUGGGUUCGAUUCCGCGGCGAUACUCAACGACGAUGUCUCACCGACUACCAGCUUCUGCUACAAUAUUCCCAACUUAUUCAACGGGUUUGUAUCUUUGGGUCCCGGGUCAGUACUUUGCGAACGCUCUGAGAACGAUGCGACAGAAACGUUUACAACCAACACCGAGCCUGCUGAGGAGAGCGUCGAACAACAAUACGAGGAAGAUGAAGAAUAUUCGCCCAAAUCAAAUUCAAAAGGCGAUGUCCCAAAACGAAAACAAAGGCGAUACAGAACAACAUUUUCGAACGUACAACUGGAGCAGUUGGAGGCGGCCUUCCACAAGACACACUACCCUGACGUGUUCUUCAGGGAGGAGCUGGCCAUGAGAAUUGACUUGACUGAAGCUAGAGUCCAGGUUUGGUUUCAAAACCGCCGGGCGAAGUGGCGCAAACAGCAAAAGGCCGGCUGUGACCAGUAUCCCCGCGGGAGGUCUCCGGGAGAGCGCUCGCCCUCCACACUGGCGCUGGAGAUGAGGGACUUCAUAACUAUACCAG